UUUGGUCAGUUCUCAAAGUGUGUGCCACUGCAGUCACUUGUCAUAUCUUACUCCCGUUUUCUCCUAAUGAACAUGGACGUCCAAAUGGAUUUGGAUCAACACGCCAUUUCCUUAGAAUUUGUUCUUUUUAAUCGGCAUCCUCUCACAGAAAUGCAAGUCACCAUGGUUUCCACCGACAUCCCCUUCAUCGAGAUUCCGUCACUGGAUGCAGCGGUGCCAGAUGAAUCAAUGGACUGGUCAUCUAGCGAAUAUGACAACAGUUUUUACGAAUUUGACGACGACGGUCAGUGGUUUGAAUCAGAAGUGUCGUCGACAUGUUUACAAGACAUAGCGAUUGACGACAGUCUACAACCCUUUCUGUCAGAGUCGGAAUCAGAAGAAGACGGUUCAUAUUGUUACAAUACUUUCCUCGGCGAAGAUAUGGAACAAACAACGAUUCCGUAUGAUGUUAAUAUCGACGAUGACGACGCGUUUCAUAUGACCGGUAGGCUACGUUCUAACUUUGCCGUCCUUCAGACUGUGGUACACCGUGUGGAGAGCUCAAUCAGACCCGGUCCCUGGUCGUGUCGCGGUCUACAUCACGCUGUCUCCUCUGCACAGCAAGGGGUUUUACAAGAGACGUACGAGACGUCUCCCUAUCCCAAUAUCCAGACUAGACGACAGUUAGCCUCAGAUCUUGGUCUCCGCUUUCAUACUGUGAAUACGUGGUUUUCAGAUCGACGCUCAUUGAGACAACGAACACGAAUCGGUUUACUCAGAAAAAGCGAUCCGCGUCCAGCUUCUAUUAAUGAGUUCGGUGUUCCAAAAAGAGCCGACUGAUUUUUAUAUACAUUUCAACCAUGCGAUGACAACAUUCUUAUUUAACAUUUUCGUUUAUUUAAAAUUUAAAUUAUGUAUAUAGUGUCAACAGAUAGUAUUAAAAUGUUAUAUAUAUAUAUAUACG